AUGAGUGACCAGAGAGUAACCUAUGCAGAACUGAAUCUGGCUAACAACCCGAAGAGACAGCACAUAAAACCUAAGGGCACUAAAGGCUCCAUUCCAGGAACUGAGCAGGAACUAACCUAUGCUGAUUUAAAUCUUCAAAAUGUUUCUCAGGAUCUUCAAGGGAGUGACAAGAAUGGCCACUGCAGAGCAUCCCCUUCACUUCCAGAGAAGCUCAUUGCUGGGAUCCUAGGGGUCAUCUGCCUUGUCCUGAUGACCACUGUGGUAACAAGAGCUGUUAAUCAAUCAUAUCAUUGUGGUCGAUGUCCACCAGAGUGGUUAAUGUACUCCAACAACUGCUAUUACAUCAGCAUUGAAAAAAAAACAUGGAAUGAGAGUUUAAAGGCCUGUGCUUCUAGGAAUUCUAGCCUGCUCUACAUAGAUAAUGAAGAAGAAAUGGCUUAA